AUGAGCAGAAACAUUGCUCACGUUGACCUUUCUGUCACAGAAAAGCGUCUAUCAGACGACAGCCGCUCUGCUGUAACAAAGGGUUCGCUAGCGGUGGAGGAUGUGUCUGAUCUCGUGUCCUCACUGGAAAAUCUGUUGUUUCCACACGUUCGGUCGCCAGCGCUCGAAGAUGAAGAGCCGAACUUUGGCGUUCUCCGCGCUUUGCCGGCAAUAGUUUCCCUUUUUGUUGAGCUAGCUUCUGAUCAACAGCAGUUCCUGCUGGGGCGACUCGCACGCAAGCACGGAUUCGAGGCUGUUUGCGAAGCUCUGUUGGACGUUCUUGCCGACGCCUGCAACUGCUUGUAUGUCUCUGCACCUCACCUAGAGCUCGGCGCGGACGACUACCGAAUGAUAGGACUCCUGUGCGUCGGAGCUGUUGCGCACUUAGCGACAGCGCUCGUGGAGUUCAGUGCAGCUCUUGAUCGGCACGAAGACGGUCUGUGUCUGCCCGGAGCCCUUGCUCAGGCUGUGCAAGUCCUGCAUGACAUGAUGUUCUCCCUGCCUCGCGUAGCUGAUAAUUCUACCGCAGAGCACCGAGAGAGACAAAAAACGUCUCCUUCGCCGCCUUCGGAAGCGAAGGGAGUGGGCAUGCUCUUCGAGGCUAUGCAAGACGUCGCCCCGGCAUUUUCGACUGUAGACAAUUUUCAUUUUGGUACAAUGAGCGAAAAUCAGCUGCGGAAUGCCGACCGGGAGCGUGUUCCAAUAGAGACCGAGCGUGAUGCACCGUUGGAGACGCUAGUCGUCCAGGAUUCCAUUGCUGAGACCUGUGAGGUCCUCUGGAGCCAUAACUGGGCAGAUCGUCACCUCGUCGGACCGCACAUGAUCCUCUUUCUCCUUGCCGUUGCCGCUGGUAGAUAUGGAAACGUCGGCUUCGAAGCGGGUCCAGCAACCUACCUAGAAUGCACGCUCCCCGCUUUGCCGGAUUCGCGCGGGUUCGCCUCCAAAGAGCAACGCCAAUCCCGCGCGAGCCUUCGUGAAGACGCCAUUCGUCGCUUGUACCAAGUCCGACACGCAUUCUUCUGUAUCCCCAUGGAGAACAUUCGUGAUCAUAACAAAACUGCCCACGGCAACGAAGCAGGAAGCGAUCCCCCAGAAGCAGCGGAGCACGUCCUGGUCUCCAGUUUGAUCGCAGCGUUCGAGGAUUCACUCGUGGUUCAGAAUUCUUACGCGCGCAAGUGGCUGGCUCUCUGUCUGAGUGGCGUCCUCUCUCAAGAUUUGACACGACUGCUUCAUAAGCACUUCAUCGAGAGUAUCAUCUUCGAAUUGCAUGGAAAGCGACUCUGUCAGUACUACGCUGAAAUUUAUUUUCGAGCAUGGUGCAUUGCACACGCGGCCUGCCGAGAAAAUCUCCAGUAUGGUUUGGCUAGAAGUGUGUUUGAGCAGCUCUGUCUCCGAGAUUUCGCAGAGAAGAGCAUCCUUAGCAAAUCAUCACGUCUGGCCCGAGUCUGCCGGCAAAUUCUCGCAGCGUUUCAUGCGCAGAAGCGAUUGCCUGGUGUCGAUAAUGCUCUUGCACACUGCUACGAGCCGAUCAUCUAUCGGGCUCUUCUGCGUUCGACGAAUCCUCGCAUCCGACAGAAUGCCUGUUACUUGUUCUUCGAUGCCUUCCCGCUGCUGAGAGAAGAUGGCUCAGACACCGAUCUGCUCCAGCUCAAGUCCAGCGAGCGCACGCAGGACGUCUCCGACGACGAACAGACCAAGACACUGGCACCGAGCUCGCCUCGCGGCGAUGUUCUCGACGACCUGGAUACCCAGCUUGCACGACAGUUCGCUGUGCUCCCGCGUGUACUCUUCGAUAAGAGCCCCGUUGUUCGAAAGCUGGCCGUGGAUGGUGUCUGCCGCCUCUUGACCAUCUUCUGGGAUCUGUUUCCGGCCGCUGAUCGGGUUCAGCUGCUUCAGCUUCUAACCGGUGAGCUUGCACUAGACGCUGCUUCGGCAACCGUUCGAGAAAGCGUUUGCCGCGGAAUUUUACGACUUGUGCUUGAGCAGCCCUUAGCACAGGCCACGCUGCGGACUGGCCUUCUACGCGGCCUUCGGACGUGUCUCCAUGACAGGAAUAGGAGGGUCCAGCUAGCGGCCGCAGAGCUCGUUCUCGGAGUCAGUAGAUCCCCGUCUCUACGCUGGUACGAUGUAUGCUCCCUGCAAGAAGAUAUAUUGCCCUACAUGAGCGCCGGUGAUACCAUGGACAGCCGCCUUACCUGCUUACUGCUUCCGAGCUUCUUCACUGGUCUUGAUGCCAACUUGGAUGAAGAUGUGGAUCCGUUGCGUUACACGGACACACUGGCUCGGUGCGUUGAAUUCAUCCGUCUAGAUGCGGUCGCAGCAUGGCACUUUUACGCCUCGCUGGGGCCGCUGGCGCUCGAACCGCGGAAUUGGCUCAGGAACUUGCCUCCGAUAAGCAUUCCGUGCGUGCGCUCCAUAUGCAAGUUCAUCGCGGUUCUCGGAAAAGCGGUGAUCGAGUUGACCCAACAGGAUCCCAAUGCAGACGAGAGCUCGCUGAAUCAGAGGGAUCAUGGAGGCUGCGAAAAGGAGCUCGUAGAGCCUUUGUUCGUAAUUCUCUGUGAAACAUAUCGAAGCAUCGCAGCGGUAGUAUACGAUGGCGAGCAUAGCGACUGCAGAGUCUUCCUCGAAAGGCAGCUUGCCUUGGAAACGCUCUUCGCAUUGGUGGACGCGCUUCCGAGCGAGAAAGCAUCACUGCUCGGUGGUGCUAGAGCGGAAACCAGGAGCGUGAUGCACUUCUGGAGGUUGCUCUCGGCUCUACCCAAAAGUCUCAUGGAAGAUCUCUCCGAAGAAUGCCUGAGUAGCGUUUCAGAAGCUCUUCGAAUCGGGGCCCAGGUGGAAUCGUUCGUGCCUGCCGUUGAGGCACUUAUUGCUUGGGGACGCGGCGCCGACGUGUUCGGCUCCCGAGUUCUGCUGCCGCACUUGACAAGCAUUCUGGAGACGGCUUCAGAUGGAGCUUCAGACUGCAGUGUCCAGACCAUGGAAUCAGUUGCCCUGCUGUGCGAAUGGGUGCUGUUCCAGCCGGCGCUUCGAUCUCACAUUGAAGGCGAUCAUCGGUUCAUACGCAGCUGCCGGGCCCUGCAGGCCCUGCUGACCCGUUUUCUGGACGCCAAGGAGCAGGUAUCGCAGGCAGUGCGCGUCAUCGCAGCAAAGCUGCUGGGAUGUCUCAUAAUCGCCAAUGGCCUCGUUCGGGAUGCGGACCGGAAGCGAGCCCGGCACUCGGAUCACAGCGGCGGACAGUCAAAGUCGGAAACAGCUCCUGCGCGAUACUGCAUCCGAGCAGCAACCAUUCGAAGCUUGCUGGAUGCGUACGAAUGGGCCUUUACAAACGUCACAGACAGCAAUCCGAUAGGAACAUUGCGUCAAGAAGGGGCCCUGUACUUGAGUGAAUGUCUGGCACUCGGUCCUGUGGCCGGCGAGGGCCUGGAUGAAGCCACAGCAAACCGCGUUGGCGAACAGUUGAUGGCACCGAACGUGAUCGCUGCCUGCCGUGUUGCCUGGCAUCUGCUCCCGCAUGCUACCUGCCACGCUCAGCAAGAUGUUGCAAACGCCGCAAUCGACAAGUUGCUUUGCAGCGCUUUGCGAAGCGUCGUGGAAGCGGUCGGCGCGAUGUCACCACUGGAACCGGUGCCGUGGGCGGAGGCCUCUGCUGCAGGGUCACCAGUUGAGCACUUGCUGGUUCGCCGUGCGCUGGUGCGUACCUUACGCACAGCGCUCCGGAAACGUAUGCAGCUGCUGAUUAGCGUCCUCACUCCAUGCUUGGUCUCCAAACUUGAAGAGGAAUGCGCUUGCGGUGACAGUCACGACGAGCUUGCCCCGCCAGCAUCGCUGUGGGAGCUUCCAUGCUACGGGAACCUCCUUCGGGAGACGCUGGCGGCAACGGGUACAGCCACUCGGGUAGACGAGGCCGUCCACACCCACCCGGUUGCUGUCUUUGCCGGGCGCAUGGUCGACUUUCUGCUGUCCGAGCUUUCGGAUGAACCUCAGCGGACAACCGUUACUUCCAGUUUUUGCAAGUUGAACGCACGCUUACUCUUACUUUGUGCUUGUGUCGUGCACUGCAGGCUUAGUGCAGAAACAUUCGGUUCAAUCGAGAGCGCUCUUCAAGGCUCAGCAGCCUCUCGUGCGCUCUUAUCAACACUUCGCAUGCGUGUGGCUUUCAAGCCUUGA